GUUUAAUAAAUUUUUGUGCCUUCAUAGUUUUUAUCUGUUGUUGUUACUAUUUGUUUUUUCUUCUUGUUUGAUCAAUUGAUCAUUUCCUGUCCUCGUUUUUCAAACAAAAACAAAACAAAAAAUAUUUGGCGCGCUCAUUUUGUAUCUUCGUUUAUAUAUAUGUGUACAGUGUGACAAGAUGAUUUUCUUAAGAAAUUUUUUCAAAGCGUUACUUAGACGCAAACGUAUCGAUUCAUCACAUAUAAGUGAUACAAGAUUAAAUCGUUGUUUAUCCACAUUGGAUCUUUCCGCAUUAGGAAUCGGUAGCACACUUGGUCUUGGAAUUUAUGUAUUGGCCGGUGAUGUUGCUAGCCGAACAUCUGGUCCAGCUGUUACGGUUUCCUUUUUUAUUGCUGCAAUUGCUUCAGUUUUUGCUGGUCUUUGUUAUGCUGAAUUCGGUGCUAGAGUUCCAAAAGCCGGUUCUGCAUACGUUUAUUCGUAUGUUACUGUCGGCGAAUUUAUGGCAUUUGUUAUUGGCUGGAAUUUGGUUCUUGAAUAUGUAAUUGGAACGGCUUCUGUUGCUCGAGGUUACAGUAAUUAUAUUGAUUCAUUGGUUAAUGGAACCGUGCAGACAAAUCUCCGUUAUUAUAUGCCGAUCGAUGUUCCAGGACUUUCAGCAUAUCCGGAUUUUUUGGCCUUUUUGAUAACAUUUUUAUUGACAAUUAUGCUUGUUGUUGGAGUGAAAGAAUCUACUCGUUUUAAUUCUAUUUUCACUGGUAUCAAUCUAUUGGUUGUCAUUUUUGUUGUCAUUGCUGGUUCUUUUCAUAUCGAUUUUCAUAACUGGAAUCUAUCAAAAGAUGAAAUUCCACAGAAUGCUGGUAAAGGUGGAUUUAUGCCCUAUGGAUUUUCUGGAAUGAUGUCCGGUGCUGCCACCUGUUUUUAUGCAUUUAUUGGAUUUGACGUAAUUGCCACAACUGGAGAAGAAGCUAAAAAUCCUCAACGUUCCAUUCCUAUAAGCAUUGUUUUGUCAUUGUUAUUCGUUUUUUUUGCUUAUUUUGGCAUCUCGGCUGUACAAACUUUGAUGUUACCUUAUUAUCUUCAAACCGAAGAAAUAACCAAAGGCGCACCAUUACCAUAUGUUUUCGAAUAUGUAGGCUGGCCAGUGGCUAAAUGGAUCAUUUCGAUUGGAGCAUUGACAGGUCUAUCGACAAGUCUUCUUGGUGCAAUGUUUCCAUUGCCAAGAGUUCUUUAUUCGAUGGCCAGUGAUGGUGUCAUAUUUCGAUCAUUUGCCGAUAUUAAUCCACGAACACAAACACCUAUUUUAGCUACAUUAAUUUCAGGAAUAUUUGCUGGAGCUAUGGCUGCUUUAUUCGAUGUUAAAGAACUUGCUGAUAUGAUGUCUAUUGGUACAUUGUUAGCAUAUACAUUGGUUUCAAUAUCUGUAUUAAUCUUAAGAUUUAGUCAUGAAAAUGAUAUCGGUGAUGAUAUUAAUAGAAAUAUAACAGUCGAAAUGAAACCAUUACGAACAAAAUCCAAUUUGAAUGAUAAAUUUAAUAAUCGAAGUAUGAUUGCUAAACUAUACAAUACAGAUCGAAUGGAAGAACCUACACUCCAAACAUCAAAAGUAUCAACCAAUUUAGUAAUGUUCAUUACAUGUAUAUUAAUCAUAUUCGAUGCAUUGUUGGUAUUUCUUGAAGAUCGUCUUGUCGAAUUGGAAAUAGCCUCUUUCGUAAUCAUAUUGAUCGUAUUCAUUGUACUUGUAUUAUCAAUCAUUUCAUUAGCCAUGCAACCAAGAUCAACAAAAAAACUUUCAUUUCAAGUUCCAUGGGUACCAUUAAUACCGAUAUUAAGUAUGUUUGUUAAUUUUUAUCUUAUGUUUAAAUUAUCAACAACAACAUGGAUACGAUUUGGCGUUUGGAUGGUUAUGGGAUUAUCAAUAUAUUUUUUCUAUGGUAUAUGGAAUAGUAAUGAAAGAUCAUCAACAUCAUCAUCAUCAUCAUCAUCAUCAAAACGUUAUGAAUCACGACCAGAUUCAUCGAAUUAAAUUCAAUUUUACAAUUUAGUCAUCCACCGAAAUGAUUUUAACAAAAAUUAAUUAUCCAAAUGAAAA